CUUCUAGUCUCGGAAAAUAAAAAGAAAGAAAGGAAGUGUGUGCGAGGGGAAGGGAGGACCGGCGAAGUUGGCUGAUCUAGGGCUUUUUUUUUUUUUUAAUUUUUGGAAGCCAGAGUCAAAGCUGACCGUGUCUUCCUCUGCAAAUCCCGUUCCAAGGCGGUGUGUAAGAACCCUGGCUUUGGCCAACUCGGGCUUCCGAGUUUAAGGCUGUCUGUUGCCCGAUCAGCUGGUCCCUGAGCGCUAUGGCGGUGCGGGCAGGCUGCCGAGCAAGUUGACCCCGAAAGCCACCUUUAUCUCUCUUUAACCCCUUUGUCCUCCUUAUCGCAGGCGCAGCCAGAGGAGCAGGGGCCCCGACCUGCCGCUGCCUAUCGCUUCCUCCCUGCUGGACGCUCUUUUCAAUGCAGAUCAGCCCUGGGCCGUCCCAGGAGGAGGGGACUCGAGUUUUCGCCAGAGCAGAGGGGAGCUGCUGGUGACCCUCGCUCGCUUGGCUCGGAGGCGCGGUAAGAUCGGACUGGGGCAGCCUGGAGGCUCCCCAGCCCGAGCCGGCCCUCGGUGUAGGACAUUGCACGUAGCUUGCACCGGGGAGCUCCGCUCUGCUGGUGACCAGAGGCGGCGGCGGACUCGUGCUUCCCGGAGCGCGGCGGCCCGCUAGGCUGGCUGAGUGAGUGGUGCGUGGCGCGCACGUGGAGAGCCCCAGGAGUGCACAGCUUCGCGGUUCGCCAUGGGGGGCUCGGUCCGAGCCGUGGCGGGGCUUCUUCUGCUAGCAGCGGUGGGAGGCAUCGGGGGAGCUGUCGGCUCCGGGCUAGACUUCACUGAUGAUCUGCUGGCCGUGUUCGGGGAGAACCGGAGCCUGUCAACGGCUCAAGUGGGUCACCUGCUGGAUGAUCUAGGGGCUGCGUCGCGGACGCAAGUUGAGAAGCUACAGCAUUUGCACCAUAACCAGUGUUUGUCUGCUGAAGAGAUCUUUUCCAUUCAUGGGCUUUCCAAGGAUCUGAAGAUCACCAGUUCUAACUUUUCAGUAAUAUGUCCAGCAGUCUUACAGCAGCUGAUGUUUCAUCCUUGUAAUCACCAUCCAAAGCACAAAUCCAAACCAUCGCCUUCAGAAAUCUGGGGAUAUGGAUUUCUUUCGGUGACUAUCAUUAACCUGGCAUCUCUCCUGGGACUGGUUUUAACUCCAUUGCUAAAGAAGCCAUAUUUCCCCAAGAUUUUGACUUAUUUUGUGGGACUGGCCAUCGGGACUCUCUUUUCAAAUGCAAUCUUCCAGCUUAUUCCAGAGGCAUUUGGUUUUGAUCCCAAAGUUGAUAACUACAUUGAAAAAGCAGCUGCUGUGUUUGGUGGAUUCUAUAUUCUCUUCUUUGUUGAACGAGUACUUAAGAUGCUAUUGAAGACUUAUGGGCAGAAUGAUCAUGCUCACUUUAGAAAUGAGGACUUCUUUCCUUCGCAAGAAAAAGCAAACCCUCCAACCCCUAAACUGCCUGCCAUCAAUGGAGUCAAAUGUUAUACAAACCCUGCAGUAACCCAGCCUAAUGGACAUCUCCAUUUUGAUAAUGUCAGUGUGGUUUCUCUUCAGGAUGGGAAAAGGGAACUAAGUUCAUGUACCUGUUUAAAAGGACCCAAGCUGUCAGAAAUAGGCACCAUUGCUUGGAUGAUAACCCUCAGUGAUGCCCUCCACAACUUUAUUGAUGGUCUGGCCAUUGGUGCUUCAUGCACCCUUUCACUUCUUCAGGGACUUAGCACUUCUAUAGCAAUCCUAUGUGAGGAGUUUCCUCAUGAGUUAGGGGAUUUUGUGAUCCUACUCAAUGCAGGAAUGAGUACUCGGCAAGCUUUAUUUUUCAAUUUUCUUUCAGCAUGCUCUUGCUAUGUCGGGCUAGCCUUUGGCAUUUUGGUGGGCAACAACUUUGCCCCAAAUAUUAUUUUUGCACUAGCUGGUGGCAUGUUCCUCUAUAUUUCUCUGGCAGACAUGUUCCCGGAGAUGAAUGAUAUGCUAAGAGAAAAAGUAACUGGAAGAAAAACAGAUUUGACUUUCUUCAUUAUUCAGAAUGCUGGUCUGCUAACGGGAUUCACAGCUAUACUUCUCAUUACCUUGUUUGCAGGAGAAAUUGAAUUGGAAUAAUCUGACUUUGAAGAUGGCAUAGCUAAUGAAAACAAUUAACCAAUAAAAAAAUGGAGAAUUCUUUUAGUCUACACAGGGCUUUCAGUUGAUCUACUGAGUUAAAAGAUAAUCUUGUUUUCUUUUGCAAGUCACAGAAAACCAGUUAUUGAUUCCAGGCUUGCAAAAGAACUCAUCAACCAUAUGUUAGAAAAAUAAAUCCAGAAAAAUUUGAAACUUAAAAUCUUAGAAAAAUGAAUGCUAAAAAUUGUCUUCACAUGUAAUUGGGAAAAAAUAAAAUUCUAUUAAAAAACAAACAAAUCCCAAAGUUGGAUUUCCUUUUCCCAUUAAAUGAAGCUUGCCAGUUCCUUGGUAAACAGUGUUGCAUAUUAUAUGUAACAGAGUAGCUGAGCCCUGUGCCUUCCAUAUGACUAGCAAAUAAGUCAUAAAGAAGAGAAAAAUUAUUACAGGUUUUCCAGGCUUUAAUUAUGCUGGGAUGGGAGCAAUGGCUCAAGUGGUUUCAGGGUAGGUUAUUUCUCAUUAAUUUGUUACAGUGAUUUCAUGGAUAAACCCAUCAAAACAUGGAAGAGAAUCAAAAUAUUUCAGAACACAUAUAAGUAAUGCUGAGAUCUUAAUUAUUAAGAAGAAACAAGAUAGAGACCACUUUCAGCUUUUGAUCUGCUAUCUUUUUAUAUGUGACUCAAGGACUUCUAGAUUUAUUUUUGAAAGCCCAUUUUAAAAAUAUAAAAAACAAUCUAAACAUUCCAAAAAACUUCAUUAACCAUUUUGUGAAUAUUUUACCCCAAAGGGUCAACUUCAUUUAGUUUUGGGCUUGUUAGGCCAGUAGAUUUUAUUCUAAAACUAGAAUUGCCUUUAAUGGCAUUUACAGAUUUUAUUGUGGCAUAUAUUUUUACUGAGUGGCAGGUCAACAUUCAUCUAAAUACUCAGUAUCAAUGUUUGAUAAUUUUUUUUUCUAGAAGGAUUGUUUGUUCAUGAAAGACAGUCAACUUUUAAACAGUUCUAAAGAAGGAUAAAUGUUGGUUCAGUGAGGUUUUUAUAAGUGUAUAAAAAACAGCUGGACUGUUGUUUUAAGUAAAGAGUUAAUAGAGGUAUGUGGUCACUGUUUCCAUAAGGUCUUUUGAAAAUUGACUUUUUUGUCGAUUACUUUUUUUUUCUUUUUUAGUUUUAAGUACCUCAAUACAAAAUAACUCAGGUUAUUUUUCUAUAUUGUGAUAAGGACAUAACAGAUAUCAUACUGUCCAUUCAGUUAGGAGUUAAAGCUAUUUGUGAAUUGGCCUAAAUGAUUUUAACUUUGUAUGUUGUAUAUGUGUGUAGGAUAAUUCACACUCCCAUGUCACCUUUAAAGAAAAGAUUAAAAGAGUCUUAAAAUGCAAAAAAAAUGAUCGUUAAUUCUUGAAAUCAAUGGUGAUCUUUCCCUUCCAAUUUUGUACAGUGUUUUUAUGCAGCAAUAAAAUGGACUUGAUGAACAUGUUAUGUUUUAUAUAUUACAUGACACAGAUGACAACUUUUCAAAGUUUACAGUCAAUCAAAUAGUAAACUUUUUUUGAAACUAUAAAUUGAUGGCAUCUAUUGUGGCUUCCUUCAGAAAAAAAUAAACUUUGAUAUAUAAUAUGCUGAAAUUUUUUUGUGAGAAUAAAUAAGUUUAUGCUUA